CGCUCGUGUGCUGGGUGUGUGUGUGUGUGUAUGUUUGUGUGCCCUCAAAAGCCCGGAUACGGACGCUGGCACGGACCCGGAAACGAAACAAUACCGAGUAACGAGCACCGAACGGCAAAGUGAAACGAUUUAACCGGCCAGGCCAGCAAAAGACAAAAAAAAAAAAACACAGAAAAAAACAAAUUACAAAAAGGAAAUUCUGAUAUAUAAAUGAGGAAAAUGUGGAAAAGCAAGUGAUUGGGAUACACAAAAUGUGCGUGCCAAGAAAUUGAAAGGAACGCUAAAAGCGCAAAAGCAAAAAAAAACAAUAACAACACAAAAAAAGGAAGCAACAGCAACAAAAUUUCAAAUUAAAAACUUCAUCAGAUUCAAGUGAGAGAACAAAAUGGACAGCUCACCGGAUUUAUCGCUGAAAUUGCGACGCGGUUCCAGCGAUUCCCGUGAUAAUUUCUACAUGGAUUUCGCCCAGGGCAUCGAUUCGGAUAUCGAGGAGGUGGACAAUAAUGCCAUAGCAACAGCCGAUGUUAUUGAACCACUGCCGCCGCCAUUGCCCACAGUGAUGGGCCUGAGUGAUGAGGUGCUGAUGAUGGUUGCCGCUGGAGCCGGAGCACCGCCACCACCGCCACCAUCGUUAAUGGGUCAGCCGUUGCCGACACUAACCGAAACGGAGGACAUGCCCCCAACACCGACACCGCCGCCGCAGCAAUUAAGUCAGGAGGCGAACUCUCCGCCCUGUGGAUCGCCAAUAAAUUCGGUAUUAGAAUUGGAAUUGAUACCACCGCCGCCAUUAUCGCCCAUGGAUGAUGCUGGUCUGCGUACCGACAAUGAUGACGAUGAAGACGAUGAGGCGGAUGGUGUCGGUGUCGGUGUCGGUGUCGGUGCCGAUGCAGAUGCAGAUGAUGAUGCCGACGGCCAGGAAGAAAGGGAUUUGGAUAUUCCAGCUAUUAUACCACCACCACCACUUCCACUCCCAGUCGAGGAUGAGGGGGUAGAGGAGGAAGAGGCCAAUGAUGUUGAGGCCAGUGUUGAUGUUGAGGAUGACGUGGAGGCGGAUAAUGACGGCGAUGAUGACGAUGAUGAUGAUGAUGAUGAGGAGAAGUCGACUCCUCCGCCACCAUUGCCACCAUUGCCCAGCAAUCUGUCGUAUGUGCAGGGGAAUGUGACUCCACCAUUAACCAAAUCACCGUCUACCUCACCAUCACCGCCGGUAACACCGCCGCCGUGUCCCCAGUUGAAUAUCUCGCGCAUGGUCUCACCACCGGCCCAUCAUGUCAGUCAGAUACCACCAUUGACACCCUCAUCGGAGAGCGAGACAGAAUCCCAACCAAAUACACCGCCGAUGCUGGUUAGAUCGGAACCGCGAUCUCAACCUCAACCCGAGCAGGAAGAAGAGGACUUGGAGCAACAGGCUGAGCCGGAACUCAUGAGCGGCGGCCAAUCGCUGGACGCUGAAGAUGAGUCCACCACCAUAACGACACCACCAAGCAAUGGUUAUUCGGCUUCUUCGAUUAUUGCACCGCCGCCAGAGCAUUUCGCCGAGCUGGAUGAGGAUCAGUCGGGUCGUGGCUUCAUACCGCCACCGCCACUCGAAGAGCCCGAUCUGGAGCCCAUCAGCCGGGAGGAUGAGGACGAGGAAGAAGAGCUCACCAAAGUGGAAACCGACGAAUUGUCCGUGGACAAGGAGAUCUCACUGCAAGACGAGCCAGUUGUGGAUAGUUGUAUCAGUUCGCCCCGAGCUGCCAGCAUCGCUAGCGGUGGCAUUGGUGGUGCAAUUUCCACAAGUGCCGCUGGCUCGGCAUCGCCCAAGCCGGACAGUCGUGGUCCCAGUCGCUCCAAUAGUCAACGAUCGCAAGUUCCAUCUCGUUCGGUAUCCCGCUCUGGCUCUGUGGCAGCUCCCACUCCGCCACCAUCCGCCACAGCUCACGGUAAUGGAAUACUAUCUCCGCAGGCCUCACUCAAAUCCCAAACAUCACAGAAGUCACAGAAAUCGCAGAAGUCUCAGAAAUCCCAGAAAUCGCAGAAAUCUCUGAGUCCAGCGGCUUCGAUUAAAUCAGCCUCGCAGCGGGUUCAAAGUCCACCAGUGGGUGAGGGAGCCCCGGCCAUGCCCUCGCCGCCCCUGAUGCGUAGUCCACCGCCGGAAUUGGCCAAGUGUUCGCCAUUGUCGCCGCGACAAAUGCACAGUCCGCCAAGGAUCACCACACCGCCAAGAGUCUGCAGUCCACCGUUGGUCAGUAGUCCACCAAAAUUGGCAGAGACAGCAGCCGCAGCGGCAGCCGCCAAGGAGCAAUUCGGUAGCAGCAGCAGCAGCGAGUCACCGGUGGCCAUACUGAGCUACCAGGAUGAGCAGAAGCAACAAUUGCCCAGUGCCGCGGCCACCUCGGUGACUACGGUGGCCUCUGCGGUGGUCACCAAUCAGCCGCGUCCACAUUUCACCAGCAGCCAUCAUCAUUACCAUUUGCCGCAUCAGUUCCAGCAUCCCCAUCAUCAGAAUCAUCAUACCCACAGUGUGCGAGUGCCCACACCAACUGUGCCCAGCAGUUAUGCCCAGCAGCAGUCGGCUCCUCCCUCGGAUAAGGCAAUCUCAUUAGUGGCCGCUCCCACUCCGAUUCUACUCUCCACACAGGGCGUGGAGGCGGCGUCCGGCGGCAGUGCCGGCACUUCAAUAUCACCGGGACGUUCGUCGGCAAGGUCAGGAUCGCAGCAUCAUGUGACCAUUGAUGAGUCUAGUUUGCCCCACAAAAGUAAUCUCGAGAGCACUGGACCCUCUGGCAUCAUUAUUGGCUCUGGUGAUGGAGAUGGCGACAGGGAUAUUGGUGCCGGCGGAGGCGGCGGCGGCGGCGGGGGCGAUAGCGAUGAUGAUGACGAAGACAAUGGCCAGAGCUCAGGAUCGCCAUCAUCGCCCGGUAGUAGCUCACAUCAUCGUCAUCAGCUGAGUGCCAGUCAGGCGGAGGGCCAAUUGACGCUUAUGUAUCAUUCUCAUCAGUUGACCAACUAUCCCGUUAUGCCGGCCAUCAAACGCACCCAUCGACCAUCGUUUGUCUAUCCACCGAUGCCGCGCGUCAAGGCUGGCGAUGCUCUGGCCACUCUUUUCUCGGCUCUGUAUGGCAAAUUGCUGGUGGUUAUGGGUGUGGCUUUUCCCAUGGCCGAAGUUAUAUCAACAUAUAUACCGCCAUCGUUUUAUGAGGUCUACUAUCUUUAUUUGUAUAUUGGCAGCAUGAUCUUUUUAUUCUUCAUGUAUGCCACAUUACUGUGGGGAAGACCCAAGCUACCAGUUCCAAUUGCAACAUCGCCCAACAAAUCGACGGCCAAAGUGAGUGCCUCGGAUAGCCUGGAUGAAUCGGACACAUCGGAUAGCAAUUCGACUCAUCGUCGUCUACCGCCAGCCAUACAAGUGCGUCGCCCCUCGCUAUUGUCGCCCCUCGGCAGGCAGCAUCAUUAUGGCAGUUUCUAUUUGCGCAUGGGGGCAGUGGCUUUCGGCAUUGGCAGUAUGAUCUAUUCGGGUCUGGAGUUUGGGCAAUACUUUGAAUUAAAUCCGGAUACAAAAUGUCAUAAUGUUCUGUUGGCCCUAACACCAGCCACGCGCAUGGCCUUCAUAUUCAUUCAGAUGUACUUCAUAUUCCUCAAUAACGAACAGAUCAAGGUCUAUCGGUAUAAGAUCAUAGCCCGAUUUGGUCUGAUGCAUAUGAUUGGAACGAAUCUGGCCGUGUGGCUGAAUGUUCUCAUACAGGAGACAAAGCAUGAGAUAUUGACAUUCUACAAUCCAGAGAAUCGAACUCUAAGGAUAUCCCAUCGUAUACCCGGCCACUCCAGAGGACAUGCAAUAAUACCCCAACACACCGAUGCCACGGCCCAUCAUUUGAGCCGUGUGGUGCGCGGCUUGAAGGGACCAUAUCAGAUAUUCGAGUGCCGUCGCACGAACAUCAUUGGCACCCUCGUCCAGGACGCCUCGCCGUUUCUCUUCCCCUGCACCAUUGAGUACUCGUUGAUCUGUGCGGCCAUCUUGUAUGUGAUGUGGCGCAGCAUUUCGCGUCCACAGACACCUCAGACACCGCAGAGGCCAGACAUGAUUAGCUCGCCGAUGAAACGUUCGCCGCAUCACUACUCGGUGGACUGUGCUCGAGCCCACAAGGGCCUGUUUGUGGGCAUCUUGAUAUUGGUGCUAACGAUUAUCUCGCUGAUCAUAUUCUUUGUGCUAAUCUCACGGCCCGAAUUCGUGGCCAUGGCCGUCACUGAGGUGACAAUCUGUGAGCUACUGAUCUACGGAACGGCCACAAUCGCCACCUUGCUGGGCAUGAUACAGAUACGGCAUUUGCAGUACGAUGCCUAUCGCAGUUUCUCGCUGGAUGACAUCUUGUUGGUUGGCGCACAGACUGGCUCCUUCUUGUAUAACAUCUUCACAGUGAUUGCCGGGCACUUCACAUUGCGCAGUGACGACAUGUUGGUGCCCAUCAAUGCGUUGGCCUCCAUUGUGCAGACAGCCUGCCAGACGAUGUUCAUAUUGGAUGCCAGCCGACGGCAGGCUGUUAGCCCCGAGCAUAUACGAAAGAAGCCUGGCCGAGAGAUUGUCACCUUCAUGUUGGUGGUCAAUCUGGCAAUGUGGGCGAUCAGCACAUUGGAGAAGUCUCGAGCCGAAUCGCAUCCCAUACAAUUGAAUUUCUAUGGCCUGUGGGCAUGGACAAUAAUCACACAUGUCUCGAUGCCAUUGGCCAUAUUCUAUCGUUUCCAUUCGACGGUCUGCCUGUGCGAGAUCUGGAAACGGGCAUACAAACUGAAGCCCACAUAUAUGUGAGAAUUCGCCCGCUCGCGCAUUCAGAGUAUUGCGCAGCAGCAACAAUUCUGUGAGGAUCUCAAAACGAAUCUAUCCUAUUGCUAUUGCUCGACAACUUUAGCUGGCGGAGAAUUGGAAACUGUCGAGGAAGUGGACAGCGGUGGUGGCAAUUCAGCCGAAACUACAGAUCAAACAGAUGAUGCUAAUCAACAAGGUGGUGUACACAAAUUGCAAAGUGAAAGUGAACAGGGCGGCGACAGCGUGAAUCCAGCAGCAGCAGCUGGAACAUUAAGGCCACCAGUCCGAGCGCUGUCGCCGCAGAGCCUUAAUACGGAGAAGGCCUUCUGUCCGGUCUAUGUCAUCAAUGGUGAAUGAGUUUACGCUCACUUUGAGUUCAUUGAUGCCCUCAGUGGGCAUGAGCUCAGUUUUGUCUAAAGAAAGAUUUCAAAUGGUCACUCAUCUCUCUCGCUGUCUCUAUGUCUCUCUGUGUCCACUCACCCACCUCGAAUCAAAAGGCCAACCACCAAGUUCGAUUUAACCACCCCACCACCACCAUAACCAUCCAUUCUAUACAUUCACUUUGGCGCGAUUCUCCUUCUCCAGCAUAACAUAUCCUUAAGGUUACAUUCUUUGGGAGAAGGUGGACCAAAAAAAAUUAAACAAAAAGUUAUUUGCAAAAAAAUGGAUGGAGGGCGUGGGUCAAAGGCGGGGCAAAAGAGCGCUACAAACACACACACACAUAAUUCAUAAUCUUAAUAAUCAAGCAAUUAACAAAAAAAAAAAUUAUUGGCAAUAGUUGUAGAAGAUUUAAAUGCCGCCUCCGCCUUUGAUCCAUCCAUAUCCCUUCUCUCAUUAAAAGUUAGUUCCGUGUUAAUACAGCAAUACUCCAAAAUAUGAUAUACAUACACACACACACACACACACAUACAUAUAUAUAUACAUACGUGUAAUAGAACUGUGAACUAAGACGUUAUAUACAAUGUUAAAGAGAUAACAUAUAGAUUAGAAUGAACUUUUCGAAACAUAUUUCCAAAUUGCAACUAAUAAUCGAAGAGAUGAGAAAGCAAAUACUAAUUGAACAGACUGUCUUUCAGCAAUAAAACACUGAAUCGACCGGAUAUACAUAUGUAUAUAUAUAUAUAUAUCUACAUAUGUGUAUAUAGACAGACUGAUUUGCAUGUGUUCAAGGAAAGAAAAUGCGAAAAUCGAGUUGUGAACUGUCACAUGCAAAACAUUUAUAUAUACCAAGAUAAAGAUUUAGUAAUCAAACACUUACUACAGUUAUCAUAUAGAAUGAUAUACAACACGACAAGAUUAACAACAACAACAAGAUGAAUAAUGAAAAUCAAAAACCAAAGCAAAG